AUGUGUAUUGCCAUCGCGUCGUGUGAUGCCGUAUCUGCAUUUGCCACUGAACAAGAAGGUGCCACUGCGCAACGCGCUGCUGCUGAAUAUCGUGGCACGUCUGGCAAACGGCUCUUAAGGUCUGACAAUGCCGCGACUGUUGACGAUGGCGUCAGUGAAGAAGAGAGGCUCUUCGGUGUGUCGAAGCUUACGGAGAUGGUUAAGAAAGGAAAAACGAAGCUGAUUGACAAGCAAGUGCUGUUACAAACCAAGCUGAAGGACAAGCAGUUGUUGCGGAGCUACCAACAACUGCUCAAGGGUGGGUUUUCGGACGAGGCCAUCACCGGUGCGUGGUUAACGAGAGGGAAAAGUCUCGAUGACAUAUUCGACCGCUGGAUUCGACUCGGAAAGUCGGAAAGGCAGGCAGCCAACAACCUGCUGAAGCAGAACACGACACCAGACGAUCUCUAUUCGGUCUUUGCCCAACGAGGCAUGAAUUCGGAACAAAUCCAAACGCUCUGGCGCAACCUCAAACUGGAUGAGGAUAAACUCAUCGCCCUCCAAAAGAAGUUGGCACUGGUAAACUAA